UAUUAUACAAAAUGUGUAAAAAGUACGUUGUGUUACUUUUGUUUUUGUUAAAAUUAAGUUGUACAGAUGGAGCGCGAAUAUUGUCAAUUUGCGCCUACCCUUCUUAUAGUCACCAACUCAUACAUAACAUUCUAACGAAACAACUGUCUUUAAGAGGGCAUCAAGUUGUACAAUUCACCGUUCAUCCUUUAAAAGACAAUCGAUUGGUUAACUUAACCGAAAUCGAUAUUAGUUUCCUCUACAAUUACGUCGUGAACAACGAUUAUGAAAACUCGUAUCGAUAUCCACGACUAUUGAUUUUACAUCUACAGGAAAUGGGAAUUCGCGCUGUUACCGAAGAUGUUUUGAAGUUACCCCAAAUGCAAGAUAUACUGAACAAUAAAGAUGAAAAGUUCGAUUUGGUACUGGUAGAAAUGGGUGCAAGUACAAUCUUUUCUUUGCUCGGGAACCGACUGAAAUGUCCUGUUGUGGGAGUUCGUUCAGUAGCAUUAAAAUUACAUAAUCAUGACGUCAUUGGCAACCCCACAAAUCCAGCCUACAUAUCUAUAGGGCAUUACGAGAAUAUAAAGAAUAGAUUUUGGAAAAAAGUCGACAAUUUCAUCUUCGGAUUUUUGUACAGGAUAUAUUUCUAUUUGCACACCGUUCCAGCAACGAACGAAUUGGCUAAAAAAUAUUUUCCAAAUUCGAGUCAAACUGUUUUGGAAGCUGAGAAGAAUUUGAGCUUGAUUUUGCUGAAUACCGAUCCAAUUUUAAACGGUGUUAGGCCUCUUGUACCGGCGGUUGUAGAGAUUGGAGGGAUUCAUUUGGAUCAAGUGUCCAAAAAUUACUCCGAAGAAUUAAAACAGUUUCUCGACGAAAGCAUGAACGGGAUUAUUUUUGUGUCCUUGGGAACCACCACGAACGGUACCAGAAUAAAUAAAAGAUUCAUCGAUGUGUUAAAUUAUACUUUCAGAAAUUUACCGUAUAAUAUUGUUUGGAAAUGGAAUGGGCCUUCUGAUAAUUUGUCCAAAAACGUUCGUAUUUUAAAGUGGGCUCCUCAAGUGGCAGUGCUGGAACAUCAUAACAUUAAAUUGUUUAUUACCCAUGGUGGAUAUUUGUCCUUUGAAGAGACUGUAUACAGUGGCGUACCAGUGAUUGCAGUACCAUUAUUUGCCGAUCAGUAUGUGAAUGCCAGAAGAAUGGAAAAACUUGGAAUAGGUUUAAUGGUAGAUUACGUAACUGUUACGGAAAAAGAAUUUUUAACUAAAGUCCUUCAUGUCAUCAAGAACACAAAAUAUAAAGAAAGUGUAAUUAAAAUUUCAAAAGUUAUUAAAGAGCGGCCUAUAAAACCCCUUGACAAAGCCCUAUGGUGGAUUGAGUACGUAUUACGUCACCGGGGAGCUCCCUAUUUUCGUUCAGAAGCAAUCGACCUGAAUUGGAUCCAGUAUUUGGCACUAGAUAUUUUAUUAUUCUUGUUGAUAUGUUUUAUAAUGGCUAUAAUGUUGCUUAAAUUCGUUUUUAGAUUUUUUAUGUAUUUUUUUAUUAAAAAACAAAGGAAUAGGAAUAAACACGAAAAAGUUAAUUAAUCACUAAUAGAAUCGACAAACUUUUAUCAUUAUCAUAAUUAUUUUAUACCAUUGAAAUUAUUUAUCGUAUAUUAAAUGCA